UCAUCACAACCGAAGAGGUGCCGUGCACCAGUGACGAAGAUUGUAGCGACAAGGGCCAGUCGUGCUGCUCCUGGGACGGCGAGCAAGGCUUACACACAGCCGGCUUUUGCGGCGAGAUGUGCACAAGUUCAUUCAUCCCGGUCACGGACUGCCCCGAGGGUUGCGAGCCCGACCCUCUCCCGGUCGUGGGUGGCCGCCGCUCGAUCCUCUUUGCGUCGCAACCGGUGUCCUGCCCCGCGGGCUGCGUGCCGACCACCGGACCUUAGGGGCUGAUUGGACUCUGAAGGAGGGAAGCUUCCGGCUUGCUUGUCCGAACCUAGAACAUGGCUCAGCGGCGCUCGACAGAGAUGCCCCCCUCGCCGGGGCGGGGUUUGACGCGCGCGCGCGCGCGCGCAUCAACCACUAGCGCACACGCGCGCGCGCAUCAACCAUACGUAGACUAGCACUUGCUCUCUCUCUCCUCUGAGUGGGGUGUGGUUUAAGUGGUGUGACGUUGCGCUUGGUGCGUCAGUCUGUCUCUGUCUCUGUCUCUGUCUCUCUGUCUCUGUCUCUGUCUCUGUCUCUGUCUGUGUCUCAAACCACCGAGGGG